CUCGACCGCCACGCCAGGACGACAGCCAAUUGCAAAGGCAGAAGGCCUCGACCGGAAAAAAAAGUGCUCCAGCGAUGAGACUUCGUGCCCCGCUUUUUUUUCUUUCAAUCCAUGUCCAGGAAAUUUUGCACCCAGCUCCAGCAAAAGCUCUUUUCCGAGUCCUCGACAGCGCCGCGCGACAACUCUAAACCCAUUGUGCCUCGCACGACUGAUCUUACAACGCGUUUCGGCCCAGAAUCGCAACUCAUACCGACUCCGACUUAUCAAUACCGACACAUUCUAUAAAAAUGGGCUUCGAGCGUGGUGGCAGAGGCGGCGCCCGUGGCGGUGGUCGUGGUGGAUUCGGUGGUGAUCGUGGUGGCAGAGGCGGCGCCCGUGGCGGUAGCCGUGGUGGCUUCGGUGGCGGCCGUGGUGGUGGUGCUCCCCGUGGUCGUGGCGGUCCUCGCGGUGGUGGCCGUGGCGGUGCUACCCGUGGUCGCGGUGGUGCCCGCGGUGGCGCCAAGGGUGGUGCUGCUGGCAAGAAGGUCAUCGUCGAGCCUCACCGUCACAAGGGCGUCUUCGUCGCUCGUGGUGGUAAGGAGGAUCUCCUCGCUACCGUCAACCUUGUCCCUGGCGAGUCCGUCUAUGGCGAGAAGAGAAUCUCUGUCGAGAACGCCUCUAAGGAGGAAGGUGGUGCUUCCACCAAGACUGAGUACCGCAUUUGGAACCCUUUCCGUUCGAAGCUUGCUGCCGGUAUCCUCGGUGGUCUUGAAACCAUCUAUAUGAAGCCUGGUUCCAAGGUCCUCUACCUCGGUGCUGCCUCCGGUACCUCGGUCUCUCACGUUGCCGAUAUCGUCGGUCCUACUGGUUCCGUUUACGCCGUCGAGUUCUCUCACCGUUCCGGCCGUGACCUCAUCAACAUGGCUACUCGCCGCACCAACGUCAUCCCCAUCGUUGAGGAUGCCCGUAAGCCCAUGGCUUACCGCAUGCUGCUCCCCAUGGUCGAUGUCAUCUUCGCCGAUGUUGCCCAGCCCGAUCAGGCCAGAAUUGUCGGCAUCAACGCCAAGCUCUUCUUGAAGCAGGGUGGUGGUCUUCUCAUCUCUAUCAAGGCUUCUUGCAUUGACUCCACUGCUCCUCCCGAGCAGGUCUUCGCCUCUGAGGUCCAGAAGCUCCGUGAGGACAAGUUUUUCCCCAAGGAGCAGUUGACUCUUGAGCCUUACGAGCGUGACCACGCCAUGGUUUCUUGCGUCUACCAGCAGAAGGAGUUCGUCGAUAACUGAGUUUCGAAUUAGUACUGUUCUAUCUUCGUUGCUCUGUUCUGGAACCUUCACAUAAUUCGGUGUUCUACUGGCAGGAUGGUUUUGUAAAUCUGGAACGGCGAAUGGCGUUUGGGUAUCUGCCUUGUUUUAGCAUUGUGGGAAUAAAGCACCAGGGUUCUUAGACUGAUAUCCGGAGUGACCCCGGUUGCUUCCAUCUUACGCCGCCUUUCACGAUCUCGUCACGACUCCUAAGUCACCGCGCAACGAACCUCCUGUUCACCAGCGAAAUUGGCCAGCCUACAACACAUCAAGAACGAUCACCAGUCAAUCACCCUAAGAACGAGAAGGGCGCUGGAUAGUCAAGCAGAGGUUGCUUUUAUCGGCGCUUAAAAUGCUCGACAGCUUGGUUCGUCUUUAUGGCGUUUGAAAUCUGCGAACUGAGAGUCCCUCCCCUUUCAUCAGGGUAUCACGUCGAAAACUGAGACUAUUCUGGCCAUUCGAGUUUCAAAGGAGAUUGUUUGGGCCUGGGGACGCAAGGGUACUGCAAGCCAGUCAUUACAUGGCUUUGAGGAUUAUUUAAACAUGCCUAGAGUCUAUCCAGGAUCAAGAGGAUGCUGGGCCGUUGGUUUCGCUUGUUGAUGAGCAAAUUUGAGCUUGCUUAGUCCUAUAGAUUUACAUAUCAGAGUUUUGGGUCAUCUUUGCUCCUUAUCAUCGGCCUUGUCGGCGGUCUUGUUACUUCUUGAGCUUAUUGUUUGUUGCUUUAUUCGAUGCUGGAUAUGCUCUGAUCUAUGAUUUGCAUGCUAUCUAGCUCUUCGAUAUCUCACCCCAUUGCCUCUA